CUGGCCUGGGAUUCGGAAGCCGAGAUGGAGCUGAGUGCCGAGUACCUUCGGGAGAAGCUACUGCGGGAAUUGGAAGCGGAACACGUGGAGGUGGAGGACACGACCCUCUCCCGCUGCGCUGCUAGUUUCCGAGUCCUCGUGGUCUCCUCCAAGUUCCAGGGGAAGCCGCUGCUGCAGAGACACAGGCUGGUGAACUCGUGCCUGACGGAAGAGAUGCAGCACAUCCACGCGUUCGAGCAGAAGACCCUGACCCCUGAGCAGUGGGACAAGGAGCGGCAGAAGUGGGGCGCCGAGCAGGGCGGGAGACCCCCACCUCCACAUUAAGACAUUAAAUCUCUGGUCUGUGGCUCGGCGCCCGCUGUGUUCCCUGCA